UUGAGCUGAUAAGGAUCGCUGGGUGCGAUUGCUAUCAAAAACAAUUGGACAAGAGUUAAUUAGCUUUUCUUUUCACGGUUUCCAUCGAGCGCGGGACCGGGAUGGGAAACCAAGCAUGUUCUUCGCAGGACAGAACGCACGCACGCACGCACGCAUACUACAUCGAAGACUUUGCCCCGUCCCAGGUGUACAGGAGCUGCGUGUGGUUUGUCCUACUUCCUGUACAGUGUGACUGUACCUCGGAUUGUGCGCGAGCAUGUGUGUAACGUUGCGACAAACACUGACCCAUUUCGAUAUGCUGUAAUAUUUACAAGCCCGGAUAAGUUUGAUCUUUUCCGAGAGAGCAGGGGCUGUUCGUCUCGCAGCUAAUUAUAGCCUAAUCCGAGAAAGGCGAAAUUCAAAUUCGCACCUUUUAGUCGCCAAGAUCAAUUAACACCCGUCCCCCAAAGUCAAAGUUUACCACGGGCAAGAUCGGACACGAGAACUGCUGCGUAAAGCGAGUUCAUGCGCAAUGCCGCCGCUACAUCACCAAAGUGAUCUCGCGCAAACGUUCGCAGGCAGACUUCUCUUAAGUGCGCUCGUGAGUGCGUUGCGCGUCGGACGCACGUCCCAGUUUUGGCACUGAGGCGAGUGUGUAGGAACCCAGCGCGUCCUCCUCUCUCUCCUCUAACCUCCUCACAGCGAGACGCACGAUUCCACAGGAUGCUUCACCAUAUGCUUCUCUUAACCGCUGAGUUUGGGGUUUGGAUGUAGGCGAUCCAUCGGGCGCAGAGCGAGUUCUGGAUUUGGAUGCUUCGCUGGCACGGCUUUGCGGGUGAUGGUGAAGCGCGUCUUGCGCGCUGCCGCACGUUUCCUCGAUCUUUCCUCGGGACGUUUGGCGAAGGGAAAUGUGAAGAAGGCUUAAAGAAUGGCAUGUAAACAUGGUUUCUGCCAAGAAGGAGAUGGUGACUGCGAUGUACCCCACUUCUAUUUCCACUCUCCUCUACUUUCUGUGCGUGGCGGCUUGCAUAAAGCGAAUAUCUGGACAGAUCAGAAAGGAUGAGAAAUUAUACCCGGAAAAUUUCACACGCAUUCUGGACCGACUUCUGGAUGGAUACGACAACAGACUCCGACCUGGAUUUGGGGGUCCAGUGACGGAAGUGAAGACCGAUAUUUACGUCACAAGUUUUGGCCCAGUUUCCGACGUAGAGAUGGAGUACACCAUGGAUGUGUUCUUCCGCCAGACGUGGGUGGAUAGGCGGUUGAGGUACGACGGCCCGGUGGAGAUCCUCCGGCUAAAUAACCUGAUGGUGACCAAAGUCUGGACCCCUGACACGUUCUUCAGGAACGGCAAAAGAUCUGUGGCUCACAACAUGACGGCGCCCAACAGACUUUUCCGAAUCAUGAAGAACGGCACCAUCCUGUACACUAUGAGGUUGACAAUAAUUGCAGAAUGUCCGAUGAGACUCGUCGAUUUCCCCAUGGAUGGCCAUUCCUGCCCUCUGAAGUUCGGCAGCUAUGCCUACCCAAAGACCGAGAUGAUCUACACCUGGACCAAAGGCCCGCAGCAUUCUGUGGAGGUUCCAGCAGAGUCGUCCAGCCUGGUGCAGUACGACCUGAUCGGACAGACUGUGUCGAGCGAGACCGUAAAGUCCAUCACAGGUGAAUACGUGGUAAUGACGGUCUACUUCCACUUGAAACGCAAAAUGGGCUACUUCAUGAUUCAGACGUACAUCCCCUGCAUCAUGACUGUAAUCCUUUCUCAAGUGUCUUUCUGGAUAAAUAAGGAAUCCGUGCCCGCCAGAACUGUCUUUGGAAUCACCACUGUUCUGACCAUGACGACCCUCAGCAUCAGCGCCCGUCACUCUUUGCCCAAGGUCUCGUACGCCACCGCCAUGGAUUGGUUCAUCGCCGUGUGCUUCGCUUUCGUCUUCUCUGCUCUCAUCGAGUUUGCGGCUGUGAACUACUUCACCAACGUUCAGGCAGAGAGAGCCAAAAGAAAACAGGCCAAAGCCGCUGCCGCCGCCGCGGCUGCCAAGGGCUCCGUGCCGUCAGGAAAAAAUAAAGACACAGAGGAGGUUCUACAGCAAAACUCAGACACCAAUGGAAACUUACGAAAACGCGUCAACUCCAAUGUCCAGUCUCAGCCAGACUCCAAGAAAACCCAAAGAACCGAAACGUCUAGCAAGAGUGGCACAGCUGCAUCCAAACCGACCUUGACCAGCCAAUCAUCUUCCACCUCAGAGGGUACCAGCAGUUUCUCCAGCCAAUCACGUCUCAGCCCCAGUUCCGCCAGCCAAUCAAAUGCAGCCACUUCAUCCUCUGCCUCAAAGACAACUCCGCCAGCCCCGCCCUCAACUCCAACAGUUCCCGAGAAACCGUCGCCCAGCGCACCCACAGGCUCCGCCCCUCUUCAUCAUCUCCUCGGGCCUAAAUUAGAGAAUAUUAAAAAGAAGGAAGCCAAGGCUGCCCCUCAACCUACCCCUCCUCCAACCGGAGGAGCCAGCAAGAUCGACGAAUACGCACGUAUUUUAUUCCCAGUGUCCUUCGGGGCGUUCAACAUGGUGUACUGGGUGGUUUACUUAUCUAAAGACACCAUGGAGGCAAAGGGAGGCUAACAAGAAGAGGAUUGUUCUUUUUUCUACAACUCAAAUGAAAUAAAGAGCCCUCUUAAGGAUUACGUCAACAAGCAAUUCCAAGAAACGAAAUUAUAUUACAGCAGACAAAACUGCACAAGCGCGCAGAAGAGAUUAUCGGGGUGAAAUAAUAUUAAAACUUUUUCGUUGGUAAUCAAAAGGGCCGUACACAAGAUUAAGCAUGUGGAUAUAUUAUAAUAAGUCAAGAUAAUUCAAUUAAAAACAAUCCAAGCAAUCUCACAGGAAUGAA